AUGCGCGCGCUGGGCUUCUGCGCCCUGGCGUGCUCCCUGCUGGCCGCCGCGCUGCUGCCCGCGCCGCGCCGGGGCCCCGCCGCCCUCGCCCUCGAGUCGGGACUCGGCUUCUCGGACGCGGAGCCGGACGCGGGCGACGCCAAGGCUUAUGCAGGCAGAGAUCUGGAGGAGCAGUUGCGUUCAGUGUCCAGUGUAGACGAACUGAUGACCAUACUCUACCCGGAAUAUUGGAAAAUGUACAAGUGUCAGUUAAGAAAAGGAGGCUGGCAGCAGAGUAGAGAGCAACCCAACGUCAAUACAAGGACAGAAGAGACUAUAAAAUUUGCUGCAGCACAUUAUAAUGCAGAGAUCUUGAAAAGUAUUGAUAAUGAGUGGAGAAAGACUCAAUGCAUGCCACGUGAGGUGUGUAUAGAUGUGGGGAAGGAGUUUGGAGCAGCCACAAACACCUUCUUUAAACCUCCAUGUGUGUCCGUCUACAGAUGUGGGGGCUGCUGCAACAGCGAGGGGCUACAGUGCAUGAACACCAGCACAAGUUACCUCAGCAAGACGUUGUUUGAAAUUACAGUGCCUCUCUCUCAAGGCCCCAAACCAGUAACCAUCAGUUUUGCCAAUCACACCUCCUGCCGGUGCAUGUCUAAACUGGAUGUUUACAGACAAGUCCAUUCAAUUAUUAGACGUUCCCUGCCAGCAACACUGCCACAGUGUCAGGCUGCAAACAAGACUUGCCCCACAAAUUACAUGUGGAAUAAUCACAUCUGCAGAUGCCUGGCUCAGCAAGAUUUUAUUUUUUCCUCAAAUGCUGGAGAUGAUUCUCCAGAUGAAUCUCAUGACAUCUGUGGACCCCACAAGGAACUGGAUGAAGAGACCUGUCAAUGUGUCUGCAAAGGGGGGCUCCGACCUUCCAGCUGUGGACCCCACAAAGAACUAGACAGAAACUCAUGCCAGUGUGUCUGUAAAAACAAACUUUUCCCCAACUCAUGUGGGGCCCACAGAGAGUUUGAUGAAAAGACGUGCCAGUGCGUAUGUAAAAGGACCUGUCCAAGAAAUCAGCCCCUAAACCCUGCAAAAUGUGCCUGUGAAUGUACAGAAAAUCACCAAAAAUGCUUCUUAAAAGGAAAGAGGUUCCAGCAUCAAACAUGCAGUUGUUACAGACGACCGUGUACUAAUCGGCUCAAGCAUUGUGAGCAGGGACUUUCAUUCAGUGAAGAGGUGUGUCGCUGUGUCCCUUCCUAUUGGAAAAGGCCACACAUGAACUAAGAUUGGACCGUUCUCCAGUUCGUAGUUCCAGCUUUUCCUAUCAUGGAAAUCUGUGUCACCACCUCAGAACUGUUUGUGAACAGAGAGACCUUUGUAGGACCCUGAGGACAAACAUGAAAGUCAAUGUUUCCAGAAGUUUGUGGACAACUUUACAGAAAUGGACUGGAGUUCACCUGCAAAGACCUUUUUUAAAGACUGGUUUUCUGCCAAUGGCCAAACAGCCGAGGUUUUUCUCUUGUGAUUUAAAAAUAAUGACUAUAUAAUUUAUUUCCACUAAAAAUAUUGUUUCUGCAUUCAUUUUUAUAGCAAUAACAAUUGGUAAAGCUCACUGUGAUUCAAUAUUUUUAUAUCAUGCAAAAUAUGUUUAAAAUAAAAUGAAAAUUGUAUUAUAA